CGUGUUGGUGGGGUCAUAUUGGAUCAUUUUAUUGUACUGGUAUGUGUUGUUGUCUUGGGAACACUUGCAGUUGCGUACAUCGUUUGGAAAUGUGUGCAUCCAGAGCGGUGGCCUACCUAUACCGUUGCUGCAUAUUAUUUGCGGAUUGGAAUAGAAAAUACAGCAGUACAAUCAGAAAAUACAACCAAUGGCCGAGAUAAACGACAGUCACCAGGCGCCAUUCAACUGCCGAUCC